AUGUCCUUCCUGACUGCUGCGCUGGGCGAUGACCUGACCCGCCAGAUCCACGCCUCCAAGAUCUUGGUCGUCGGCGCCGGUGGCAUCGGCUGCGAGCUUCUCAAGAACCUCGUCUUGAGCGGCUUCGUGGACAUUACGAUCGUGGACCUCGACACGAUCGAUGUGUCCAACUUGAACCGGCAGUUCCUCUUCCGCUCGCAGCACGUGGGCAUGAGCAAGGCGAUCGUGGCCCGCGAGGUCGCGCUCCAGUUCAAUCCGUCGGCCAAGAUCACGGCGCACCACGAAAACAUCAAGUCGAGUCGGUACGCGAUCGAGUACUUUGAGCAGUUUGCGCUCGUGCUCAACGCCCUCGACAACGUCGACGCGCGCAAGCACGUCAACCGGCUCUGCCUCGCGGCCAACGUCCCGCUCAUCGAGAGCGGCACGACCGGCUACCUCGGCCAAGUCUCGGUCAUUAAGAAGGGCGAAACCGAGUGCUACGAAUGCACGGAGAAGGCGACAGCCAAGGUGUACCCGAUCUGCACGAUCCGCAGCACGCCCGACAAGAUGGUGCACUGCAUUGUCUGGGCGAAGGAGUGCUACAAGCUGCUCUUUGGGAAGACACAGGACUCGAUGCUCUGGGAGGACCCGACCAACGACGACAAGUCGGCCUUCAUGGACAGCAUCCUGGCGCGGGACCUUGCGCCGACCGAGUAUGCGCGCGGCGUCUUCCGCGGUCUCUUUGAGCACGAGAUUCAAAAGAAGCUCGACAUCAAGACGUACAAGACAGCGACCAAGAUGCCCCGGACGAUCGUUCUCGACGAUCUCUCGCUGCCGCCGCCGCCCGUCGACAAGUGGCACGACCGCAUGCUCUGGUCGCUCGACGCCUGCGCGCAGACGUUCCUCGAUACGGUCGCCACGAUUCUCGCAUCCAACGACGACGUCGGGAGCCUCGAGUUUGACAAGGACGAUGCGCACGCGAUGCACUUUGUCGCGGCCGCCGCCAACCUCCGCGCGCACGUCUUCCAGAUUCCGAUGGAGUCGCUGUUUGCGUGCAAGGGCAUCGCGGGCAACAUCAUUCCAGCGAUCGCAACGACCAACGCGAUCGUCGCCGGCCUCCAAGUGCUCGAAGCGUUCAAGCUCAUUC